GCAAUGAUUUCACGAGUUUAGAAGAUCAACAGGUAAAACCGGCUUCGUUUAAAGGAACUAGUCCAAACUAACAUCUGGAUUCCUGCACGCAACCGAGGCUCUCGUAGUUUGUUCUGCUCCUGAUGUUGCGAUAAUUGUUUUCUAAGAUCAAGUUGUUGCCAAACUUUCCUGACAGACGAGCCUCUGGAGUUUGAGGGUGAAUCCGUGUAAAUGGCGACAGCAAACGACCCCUUUCAGUUCCAGGAAUUUGAAGAAGCUGGUAAUCUGUUAGAAGCCAACAGAGAUGCAACCACCAUUAGCAUUGAGGAUGAUGACGUCAAACCUGAGAAGCAGAAAAGAGCUGCUGGUUUAAAUCCCAGUGGUGAUGAUGAUGAGGACACACUUCCCUAUGACGACCAGACAGAGCUUCUCUCUGGGCAACAGAAAAGUGCCCCUUUCUGGACUUUUGAGUACUACCAGAAAUUCUUUGACGUCGAGACCCAUCAUGUGAAGGAAAGAAUCAUCGGAUCAGUGCUGCCAUGGCCUGGAAAGAACUUUGUUCAGGUCCACCUUCGAAGAAAUCCUGAUCUUUAUGGACCGUUCUGGAUUUGCACUACCCUUGUGUUUGCCAUUGCCAUCAGUGGAAAUAUAUCCAACUUUCUGAUGCACUUAGGCAAACCAAACUACAAAUACACCCCUGAGUUUCGAAAAGUGACCAUUGCUGCAACAGCGAUCUUCACCUAUGCCUGGUUGGUGCCUCUUGCCCUCUGGGGUUUCCUGCUAUGGAGAAACAACAAGAUCAUGAACUUGGUGUCAUACUCCUUCAUGGAGAUCAUCUGUGUGUACGGAUACUCACUUUCAAUUUACAUACCUGCAGUGGUCUUAUGGAUUCUCCCAUUUGAAUGGCUGAGGUGGUGCACCAUUGUGGUGGCUCUCUGCCUCUCCGGCUCAGUGCUGGUGAUGACGCUCUGGCCUGCCGUCAGGGAGGACCACCCCAAAGUUAUCGUGGCCAUCUUGUCAGCCGUUGUGUUGUUCAACAUCCUGCUUGCUGUUGGUUGUAAGGCUUAUUUCUUCAGCCGACCAGAACCAGCGCUACCCGUUGACAUUCCUGCUGCAACAGUGGUGAACAAGACAUCGUCUUUAACAUGAAUGCCUUCGAUCGUGUGAAGGUUCUCCUGUUGCCUUAUUAGUGAGAAUCGGGUUGCUGAGGUGAUGAAGUCAUUGGUCGUCUGGAUUUCACCUGCACUGGAACAUUCUGGCUCAAGACCUUUAAACCCUGUGUGUAUCCUCGGUUCAACUGCGUGACUUUUGAAAAUUAACACUGCUACAAGUAUGUUGUUUCUCAUGGGAUGGGUUCUAAUUGUCUUGAAAGAUAAAUGGGCUAUAAUGUUACACACCACGGGAUCUCUUGUAGUAUGUAGUUGAAAUAUUUAGGUAUUUGCAGUAAUGUAACUGCACCUUUCUACAAUGAGAUUAAGUUAGUGUGUAUGUGUACAGAACUUUCUCUAUGAACAACAUAACUUCCAAGGGUCGGACUUAUUAUGUACCAAGUUGUUGUAAUUUCCCCUGACAUAACCAUAAGUGAUCUAAACGAAGGCCAAAGACCAAUCCUAAAUUUCCAAGUAAUUUACAACACAUGUAACUAUUUUUGUAAUUAAUUAUUUUUUUUUUUCUUCACUGUUUGUGAUGAAAUGUAUGAAAUUGAAUGUGUAUUUCAAGGGUAAUAAAAUCAAACAUGAUCUUUUUGGGACACAA